CGCGCGGAGCGGCCCGGCGUGGUGCGCGAGCUGUGCGCGCGGCCCGGCCAGGUGAUCGCGCCCGGGGCUGUCUUGGUGAGACUGGAAGGUUGCAGCCAUCCUGUUGUUAUGAAAGGCUUGUGUGCAGAAUGUGGCCAGGAUUUAACUCAGAUACGAAGCAAGAAUGGAAAGCAGAGCGUACCGUUAUCCACAGCAACUGUAUCAAUGGUUCACAGUGUCCCAGAACUGAAGGUUAGCUCUGAGCAAGCUGAGCAGCUGGGAAGAGAAGAUCAACAGCGACUGCAUCGAAAUAGGAAACUGGUGCUCAUGGUAGAUUUGGACCAGACAUUGAUCCAUACUACAGAACAGCACUGCCAGCAAAUGUCCAAUAAGGGAAUAUUUCAUUUCCAGUUAGGGCGAGGUGAGCCUAUGUUGCACACACGUUUGCGUCCUCAUUGUAAGGAAUUCCUGGAAAAAAUUGCCAAGCUCUAUGAAUUACAUGUUUUUACUUUUGGCAGCAGACUGUAUGCACAUACAAUUGCUGGAUUUUUGGACCCUGAAAAGAAGCUUUUUUCCCAUCGGAUAUUGUCAAGGGAUGAAUGUAUUGAUCCAUUUUCUAAAACUGGGAACCUUAGAGAUCUCUUUCCUUGUGGAGAUUCCAUGGUUUGCAUCAUUGAUGAUAGAGAGGAUGUUUGGAAGUUUGCACCCAAUUUGAUAACUGUGAAGAAAUAUGUAUACUUUCAGGGCAUAGGAGAUAUUAAUGCACCUCCUGGAUCAAGAGAAAUGCAAAUGAAGAAGAAAGCAAACCACUCUGCAAAACCUGAGGCAUUGGAUUCAGCAGCGAUUUCAGCAAAAGAUGUUGAAGAAAUAAAGAAUGUUAUAUGUGUAGAAGAGCACAGUAAUGGUCUCAAGAAAACUGCAAAGGACACUUGCACUGCAAAUGGGAGUACUUCUGUAAGCAGUGAAACAUCUGAUGGGGAUGUGAACUCUCAUAAUAAAGUUAAUGCCCAGGACUCCUUAAAUGAUAGCACUGGUCACACAAUGGACAGUGAGGUCACUGAUGAUUUGGCAAAUACGAAAGAAUCUCAGAUUUUUUCAGAACAAGUUGAUACAACACUUAUAGAGAAGCAGCAAACCCAAGAGAAGAUAACAAAUGAUUUGGACUUUGAACUGUCUAGUGACAGUGAAAGUGAUGACGGAUUGGAUACCAAAAAGUCAUCCACUUCUGUAUCAGAUAGUGACAAUGAGGAAAAGAGAAGUUGGAAGGAGUCCAAACAACCUCUGCAGGAUGAAAAUUUGCAGCAAGAGGGUUGCACUGAUGUGAAUGAGAAAAAGGAUGGUCUGGUGAACCAUUCUGGGGAAACACAGUCUUUAUCUAGUGAAAUUAUCCAGGACAAAAUUGAUCAUGAAGCGCAAGAGGAGAGUGAACAGGAAAGCCUUUGUGAUUUAGGAAAUGGGUCUGGAGACAAGAAGGAAGCUGAAACAGAAUCUCAGAUUAGUGAACAGUCUGGAAUUACAAUGGGUGAGUCCUUAGACCAGAGCAUGGAGGAGGAAGAGGAGGAAGAUGAUACAGAUGACGACGACCAUUUGAUAUACCUUGAGGAGAUCCUUGUGCGAGUUCACACUGAUUAUUACACAAAGUAUGAUAAAUAUCUGAAAAAAGAGAUUGAGGAAAUUCCAGACAUCAGAAAAAUAGUACCAGAACUGAAAAGUAAAGUCUUGGCAGAUGUAACCAUCAUAUUUAGUGGACUUUACCCGACAAACUUCCCUAUUGAAAAGACACGGGAACACUAUCAUGCCACAGCACUUGGAGCUAAAAUUGUGAAGAAUCUCGUACUUAGUGCCGAUGAUCCUGAUAAAGCAACACAUCUCAUUGCAGCAAGGACAGGCACAGAGAAAGUGCGGCAAGCUCAGGACUGCAAGGAUCUCCAUGUUGUAAACCCUGAUUGGCUGUGGAGCUGCCUGGAGCGAUGGGACAAGGUUGAGGAACAGCUCUUUCCCUUAAAGGAUGACUACAUCAAAACACACAGAGAAAAUAGCCCUGCCACGUUUCCUGAUGCACCCAGCACAUUUCAGACUGCUCUGUUUCACCCAACGCCCAUCCAUCCAAAGUCUCAACCUGGUCCUGAAGUUCGAAUUUAUGAUCCUAACACUGGAAAGCUGAUCAGGAAAGGCACACAGACAUCUGGGCAGUCAAUGUACAUCCAGUCUCCAGCUCCUCCCAUCACUUUGCCAGUCCACGGUGAACACUCAUCCUUCAGAGUCGUUCAGCCACAUCAACAGCAGAUGUUUGAAGAAGACGACCUUCCAGCAAGUGAAAAUGAAGAGCAGCCUGGUCCAUCUAAGAGGAAACGCCAGCCAAGUAUGUCUGAAACAAUGCCCCUGUACACGCUGUGUAAAGAGGAUUUAGAGAGUAUGGAUAAAGAGGUGGAUGACAUCUUAGGAGAAGGCAGUGACGAAAGUGACACUGAAAAAAAAAAGCCAGAAGAGGAAGGUGAAAAACCUCAGACUAGUGCAACAGAGACUCUAGGAAGGAAGGCAGAUCAGAGACCUGGAUCAUCAUCGUCGUCGUCAAGUGAAAGAAGUUUAACAGGCAGUGUACCCAGGGGUCACAAGCGCAAACUGGAUGAAGAUGAUGCUGCCAGUGAAUCCAGUAAAGAAUCCAGCAAUGAAGAUGAGGAAGGAAGCAGCUCUGAAGCAGAUGAAAUGGCAGCAGCACUUGAAGCUGAACUGAACGACUUCAUGUGAGAGUCAUGCAGAAGACAGGAUUUGUAAUUAUAUGUACUUCUCAUAAACAGAUCGGACUUCAGAUGAGUCCCUCACGUCACUACUCAAUGUUUUUCCAAAAUGUGUGUGUAUAUUUUGCAAAGCAUCUCAAGAGGUGAUACGUUAUUUUACAAAAUCAGAAAUAGAUGUUUUUAAGUUGUUUUACUAAAUGAAAUAUACUUUUUUAAGCAAAAAAAAAAAAAAAGUAUUAAAUGGGACAUGGUGUGCUAUGCCAAAGACAUGUUAGGAGCUCUGCAGAACCUUCAUGUAUAGGACAGUGAUACAAAGACUUGUGAUUAAACAUACAUCAAGUUUCUAAAAAUAUUGCAGGCUGUGGUUUAUGGGUUACAAUAAAGGAGAUGGAAUUGUCCGCGUUGUACAGCAGGAACCUGAUGAACUGGUCAUCCUUUUCCACAAAUAAAGCUAUCAAAUAUAAAAGGAUUUUUGAAAUAAAAAAGAACUAUUUAUAUUUGUAUAGAAACAGACAACGUGAUAUGCAAGCUUUGUGAACUCUGCGCUUGACCCACCUGUCAUUUGCUUGUAAGAGAAUACAUAGUGGUCAACAUGCAACAUUUUUAGGUUACUUUGUUGAAUAGUUGAGUUCUUUAGAGACAUCAUUUAGAUUUUUAACUUUUCUUCUUUGUAACCAGAAAUUUAGCACAGCAGUCUGUGUGGUCCUGUACUGCCACAAGAUGCAUAUUCACCCAUUCGUAUUGUCUUGGAAAGAACAAGUGCUACUUCAGUCUAGAUAGAAUUUAAUUUCUUUGGCAAGAGAUCUGAUGUAAAGUUUUUGUAUAUUUCAUAUUUGACCCACAAAACAGAUUUUCUUUCAUUUAAUAAAGGUUCAUUUUGUA